UAACUCUGAUAACUGUGAAUUAAUAAUGUAACACAGAAAUUAACUUUAUUCAUUGUAUUUAUGCUUCACCUUCGGAAAAUCCACAGCUCUAUUUAAUUUUCACUAUUUAAAUUUCGCGUCUCUAUCUAAACUCCACAGCUCUAUUUAAUUUUCUCUAUUCAAAUUCUGGAUUUCUAUUUGAAUCCCACAGCUCUAUCUAAUUUUCACAAUUUAAAUCCCGCAUCUCUAUCUAAAUGUCACUGUUAUAUUCAAAUUCCACAGCUCCAUUAUUUAGAAUGGCACGGCCCUAUUUAAUUUAAUUGAUUAUGCUUUAUGCUUAUUAUACGUUAAAUAUUUUCAGCAGGACUUGACACAAACAAUUAAAUGAACGUGUGGAUGCCUGAUGAUGGCUGGACAGGUAAUAAAGCUAUUAGUGGGUUGUAUUUAUUUAUUUAUUUUAUGUAAUAUACACAAACAGUACAUUUCAUAAGAAAGACUGUUUAUAACAUGGCUACAGUGUUCUCAGUUUUGCAUUUUAACUCGGACACUGGUCAACAGGACCGGUCACCAAGUAGAUUUACCGGUCCUGCACCAAAAUUGUUCGUCCUACUCGCGACUCAAAAUAUGAAAUAUGUGCUGUAUAACUUGUCAAUCUUUCGCAUUAUCAUUUUUUCAUAUGACUGAAUUAAAUAAAAUUAUCUCCAUUUUCCCAAAUUCUUCUUUCAAAAAUGAUAAGAGAGGUCAGCUCAAGGCCAUUAAUAAUUACACCGAUCUCUUUGAAAAACUCUGGAAGUUUACAACUACAUGUAGAAUAUAAUUAUAUUCAUUAUAAGCGUCAUAAUACCUUCUGUUUUAAACUGGAGACACAUAAAAUCGUGCUUCAAAGGAGAGUGGGGAAUGGGGAAGUCGGAAACUUGGCCUGCUUAAAAUUCCUUAUAAACAAUUAAAAAUGGCCGAGUUUCGAAAUCUUAAAUUGUGGGCGCAUGGGAUGGGGAAAUAAAGGGGAUUUGAAGACUUCAUGAACUAAAACAGCUAAAAUUUUACCUGAAUAUCAUAAUAUUUCAGUGUAAAUGAAAUUAUACAUUUUCUAAAAGAAAAUGAUAUAGCUUAAUUAUCUUUGCAUUUUGCUGAUAAACAGAAAUAAUGGAGCGAUAAGCAUUAUUGAGUAAACACGACAAGCCGACAGUAAUUACGGACACUUGCAGGUUGCUCGAUAGAUAAUGCACAGAUGUUAGAAAUAACUUGUGUACGUGGUCAGUGGGUAAGGAUGCACUAACUGACCACCGGGGUCAGUUCAGAAAUAAGUAACUUCUCACAUAGAGUCAGGGAGAUGAGGAUGCUGAAUCCCCAUAUUAGGAUAAGCGUUAUUUAAGAAUAAUAAUAGGUGGUAUAAAAACGCGCGCAAGGCGAACAGUCGUCAGAAUUCCUUGGCUAAAUUCUGACGAAGUCUUGCUGUUUUUAGGUGCUGAGGACGCUAUACAUCAAAGUUAACGGGUUAGACUUUUCGCGUUCGAAUUGAGAUUGGUUCAGUGGUUAUCGCUAAAGGAAUUUAUUUAGUUUAUAAUCCAUAAGGGGAGACUGAACUUGUAUUAAUUCCAUUGACCUAAGACCCUCUAAUUAUAAAGAAUACCCAGAAUACAGAAAAUUCAUAAAUAUCAUACCAAGAGAAUAAACGUUAUUAUAUAAACUUCAAAUCCUCAAAUCAGUGACGAAGGGGUUGGGGGUACUCAGACUUCGCUACAUGGGUUAAAUUCAUAACUUUCCAGCACAUAUUAUCAUUCACUACUGCCAUCAAAAUAUGGAAUUUGGAGGCUAGAGGUAGCAGUCCCAAUACAUCUUUAUUUCCUAUGUAGGGGAAUAAGAUUUGAAAUUUCAAUUUAUACUUUAAAAAUAAACAAUUUUGAUUGUGCUCUUUCUAACUGUAGAAUAGAUCCCCAGUAUCCCUUGCUUGUCGUAAGAGGCGACUAAAUGGGGCGGUCCUUCGGAUGAGACCGCAAAAACCGAGGCGCCGUGUCACAGCAGGUAUGGCACAAUAAAGAUCCCUCCCUGCGCAAAGACUGUAAUCGCCGAGCAUAAACCUAAAUUUUGCAACACUUCACCGGCAGUGGUGACGUCUCCAUAUGAGUGAAAUAUUCUCGAGAGGACGUUAAACAAUAUUUAAUCAAUCAAUCAAUCUAAUUGAUCUUGCUAUUUAAAUCAAUAUGAAUAUUUGCUCCUGGGUUAAUGUUAGAAGUGUAAGUAUUUGUUUUUGUGCAAUAGGGGAGCUCCACCUCAAUGCAAUUUUGUACACCCACAUUCUGUCUUUAAAAUGAAGGAAUUUGUCAUUUCGUUCUCCGGUUGUAGAUGAGUUCUUAUUCAGCCGAACACUUAUCUAAUCUAUGUGUGCCUGUUAUGUACAUAUAUGUUUCUCCUUAACCACAGGGUCACAGUCAGAUAAUUUUAUAAACUUAAAGCAUUUAGGCACGGAUCUAGUAAAAAUCAAUUUCAGGAAGCGAACUCCUCCAUCUAAAAAAAAAUCAUAAUUGAAAUUGAAUAGUCUGCGAAUAAAUCUAGUGUUUCUAAUUUUGGAAUAUCAAUACAUUAAUCAACUGUCACCCACGUAUCACCGUGUUAAAUCAUUCUUUAUAUAAAUAGAAACCAAACCUUAACCAGCACCCCGCCCCAAAAAAGGAUUAGGCAUAUUUAUAUCCCACAUAGCUUUCCAUGUCUCUGAAUACUCUGCCUACGUCACAGUUUUGUCCCGUUUCUGAAGACAUUUUCAGUGUGUGUUUUCUGCACGUCGAUGUUGCGGACAUUGUAUUCUCUAUAUCUACACGGACAGUGAAAUUUAUGAUUUAUGUGCUUUUUGGCAUGACAACGCCGACCAUCGACUCAUCAUUUACAGAUGUAAACAUAAUGUGUUCCAUUUCUUUCGAAAAAGAAGUUGAACGCCGAGGUUACGACAAAUUCGUCGAAUUUGAAAUGAAACCGAAAGUUGAUUUGUAAUAUAAAGAUGGCAACAUCACUAGACAGCUCUUCGAUGGAGGAUGUUACAUUGUGUUCUAUAUGUUUCGAAAAGUUCAAGUCGCCGAGGUUUUUACCGUGUACACAUUCCUUCUGUCACGGGUGUUUAUCGUCCUACAUCGUGAGCUUGUGUAAAUCUACGGAGACUCGUUUAGGAUUUAAUUGUCCAUUAUGCCGUGAGUAUACCCCCAGUCCUGGCGCCUUCGAUGAGCCAGACGAGUGGGCGGGGCUUUUUCCUGUGAAUGAAAUGUUGAGGAAAAUUGUAGACAAAUCAGACCAAUUGCUUUGUGAGCCAUGCUUGAGAGAAAAAGAAGAAGAGGAGGCAUCGGACUACUGCUUUUCAUGUUUAGAACAUUUAUGCAAAAUGUGUACGAAGUACCACAGGAAGAAUUUGUCGUCACGAGACCACAAAGUAUCUCCAUUGAAUGAACUGAAAUCGGCGAACAGAAGAUCCAUUGUUGAUAUCUCAAACAGCUGUGCCACGCAUAAGGAUGAAAAGGUUAGGUUCUAUUGCUUUGAUCACGAACAGCCCUGUUGCGCAAUGUGUGGUGGCAUGGAACAUAGGAAAUGUGAGCAGUUUGAUACUAUUGAAAAUGCUGUACGUGUUUUUAAGGAAAGCGGCAAGGUUGACUCUAUUAUGGAUGAUGUAAACAAGUUUAAAAGUAAAUUAGAAAAUGCCAAAAACGAAGAAGAGAAGAAUAUAACGGAAAUCGAAAAUUCGGUUGAUGAAAUGAUAGCGAGAUCGGAAGAGGAUUUUAAAACUGUUGUUGACCACUUGCAGAAAUUGCAACAUGGAUAUAUAGAAGAAAUAUCCAGUUCUCUGAAGAAAAGCAAGGAAAAAUUGCAAACAUCUAUAGGCACCUUAACGGAUGGAAUACAAUGUACAGAGUAUUGCAGCAAAAUGUUUGAGCAAGCCCGAAUCAGUGAAAAUGAAACGGAGUUCAUGAUGAAGUUUCAUACGUCGAAACUAACGUACGAACAUUUAAAACACGUGAAUUUUUCACGAAAGCGCAUCAUGAUCUCUACGAAAAAGGAUCCCAUUUUAACGGAAAUUUUGAAUAUGACAGCUCUUUCUGACGUUCACCAUACCGAAUCCUCUCGUCAACUUUAUUUUGAUGUUCGAACUGUAGAAAUGUCUUUGAUAAAGGAAUUUAGCAUUGAUGGGGCUGUCGUGUACGAUGGUAUAUUUUUGUCCAAUGGCACUUUUGUGAUAGCGGAUUACAGAGAUGAUGGAAAAUGCGUGUCUUUUGACAAACAUUGGGUCUCCAGCAUAUUUGGUGAACAUCUUAAGAAACCAUUCGGUUUGAUAGAAAAGGAUGAAGAAGUUCUCGUGACUUGCAGUGGCUCAAAAAGUAUUGAAGUAUUUUCUUCAUCAGAUUUUCACAAACUUCGAAGUAUUCCCAUGACUGAAUCAGUUUUUGGGAUAACAAACAGGAGGGGCGACAUAUAUGUUGCGUGCGGAUCGAAAAUCAUUAAAAUCGAUAACGCGGGUAGGAUAUUGAAAACAUAUAACGUAGAAGGGGUAAAUAAUGUAAAUAUACUUGCAACAAACACUGGUCUUAUUGUGUGCAGUGAUUGGAAGAUAAACAACGUGACGGCGAUUACCGAUCAGGGAAACAUUGCCUCGAAGUAUACAAAUCGUAACCUGAAAUUUCCAUUUGGAAUCGAUCAAGACUCUGUCGGUAACAUAUACGUUACAGGAAGAGAUAGCAACAAUGUCCACGUGUUGUCUGAAAACGGUGAACUCAUUAGGGUGUUGGAAGACAUCUCAAAACCAAUCUUCUUUAGAUUAAAUGAAGAGAUGGGUGUUAUAUGUGUUUGUAGUAAUCUUAAAGACCUAAGAGUAUUUGAAGUUUAAGUUUCCCAGGAACAUGACAUUGUAUUGAUUCUGAACAACAACAGCGACAGUGCUAUACAAUGUCAGAAAAUCUUCUUAAAACAUUGUUGUUUAUCACAAACACUGAGGACAUAACAUUGAAUUUGAUAUCAAAAGAAAUAAAAUAAAACCAUAGAUUUGACAUAAAUCUUUCUUUUACUGAUUUGAUCUUUUCAUUGUACUGGUAGUUGUUUUGCUUGUACACCCCAGUAUUUGUUACAUUUUUCAUUGGCAAAUUGGAAGGAUAAUUUUAAAGUUUUGCGAAAUAAAGGUGUAUUCAACAGAA